AUGCCCAACGACGCAAGUGCCGCUCAUCCAAGUCCUCCAACGGCACCGCCCACUCUACUUAGCGCCGGUUCCUUGCGUCUGCGAGAUCCCCCGAUCUUCUCGGGCACUGACGACAAGGACGUGGACGAUUGGAUAUCCACAUAUGAGCGCCCACGCAGUUCGGCACCUACGCUCCGCGACUUCAUCCAAGACCAGGUCGCGCAAGCUAUUCCGCCAGCCCGUGAACCGCCGCCAGUCACUGCACCACUCAAGUAUGCAGAGGCCGUUGCCCGACCUCUUCACCAGACGCUCCAGCCCCCGCCUAUGUAUCAACCACCGACCUUUUCACCACCGUCUAUGCCGAUGCCACACCGGCCGCCUUUUCCGACCCCCUAG